AUGGCUGAGUACGGGAGAAUGGACCCGUUCUCCUUUGCGGGCUCCAAAGAUGUCGAUCAUCCUGUGAGCGUCCGAAUAAUGAACCUGGAAGGGGAUGAGCCUCCAGUCAAGUAUUCGACGCUUCUCGAGCGACCGGAACUCCGGCAUAUCGGGUCGAACACCAGCCCACACUCCGAACUUUACGUGACAAUACAGGUCUGGGCUGGCUCUAAACCUCUUACCGUGCCGGUGCAAACAGCAUACAAACCCUUCCGGUCCGAGCGAAAAUGGAACGAGUGGCUAGAGUUGCCCAUUACAUACAAGUCACUGCCCGCCAAUUCUCGUCUCGCCAUCACAAUAUGGGACCUGUCACCUACCGGCGGGAAACACGCGAUUGGCCAUGCCAUUCCGUUUGGAGGAACCACAUUGCCCAUGUUUGAUACCGACAAUCAAAUCCAAAAAGGUCGCCAAAAGUGCUUGGUUCACAGACACAAGUAUGCUGAUGGAACAGACAACUCCGCCACGCCGGCUUUGGUCACAGCGAAGAAGAAGGCCAGCCUUCGGAAUGGGGGUGGUCCGCUUGUCGAUAAAGAUGCCGAGGAGCUUGACAGAAUGGAAAAGUUGUUCAAAAAGCAUGAGAUGGGAGAGAUCCCGCGCGUAGACUGGCUGGACCAAAUGGUGUUUCGAAGCUUCGAGAAAAAGGGUCUGCAGGCUGCAAAGUCAUCUAUGAAGAUGCUUCAGCGUCAGCGAGCCCUCAACGGAGACAACAAUGGCGACCAUGCUUCCGACACCGACAAUGACGGUCUCAAUGACGGUCGCCCCAACUCAUCAGCUUUCCUACUUAAUGUUGAGCUUCCACGAUUUGAUUUCCCCGUCGUAUUCGCCGACCAUGAAUACGACCCGCCGCCGAUAUCAGCUUUGCAACCGCUCUCAGCUUCUCAAGGAACGCUCCCGCUCCAUCAGCCGCAGGUCCAAUUUGGCCCAGGCAUCAAUGCCAUGGGGGAGAGCUCUGAUGGGUUUGGAGUCAGGCUCAUCAAGGUCUACGACCCAGAGGUCGGUCAGAGAGAUAACCCUGCAGAGGCCAAGCAUAGGCGGUUGUUUCGAAGUUCCCACAGGCACGGAAUUCUGGACAAGGAUCUCAAACCAAACGCAAAAGUCCGAGACGAGUUGAAUCUAAUCAUGGCGUACUCGCCAACCCAUGUCUUAUCGCCGGAGGAGGCCGAUUUGGUCUGGAAGUUUAGAUAUCACCUGACUAGAGACAAGCGAGCAUUGACCAAAUUUGUCAAAUCGGUCAACUGGAGUGACCAGAGCGAGUCUAAACAAGCGAUACAGGUCCUUGGCCGCUGGACAGAAAUUGAUGUGGACGAUGCCCUCGAGCUUCUUGGGCCGUCAUUCGACAACCCGGCUGUUCGUUCGUAUGCCGUGGACCGGUUACGAAAAGCUGAUGACCAUGAACUACUCCUCUAUCUCCUUCAGCUUGUGCAAGCGCUCAAAUACGAGCAUAUAUCUGCCGACUCUGAACAAGAGAGCAUACAGGAUUCGUCACUGGUGUGUUUUCUAAUACAACGAGCUGCGGCGAACUUUAUGUUGGGCAAUUAUUUUUAUUGGUAUCUGAUGGUCGAAUGCGACGACCACAGCCCGGAACAAGGAAUUGACAAUCGAAAUAUAUACCGCAAAGUCGCUUACGAUUUCAUGACUGAGCUCGUCAAACAGCCAUCCGGAACCGAAGACAGGAAAACGCUGCUCCGACAAGCGGAGAUGAUUGCCAUCCUCUCCAAGAUAGCCGCUGAUAUCAAGUCAUCUGGCGAGUCGAUUGCAAAGAAGACUGAUCGCCUAAAACACUUGCUGGCAGACCCCAAGAACGAGUUGCUUACCUUUGACCCGCCUCUGGCCAUGCCCCUAGAUCCAGCAAUUAAGAUUACCGGCAUUGCGCCGGACCAGGUUGCAGUAUUCAAGUCAUCACUGAAUCCAAUCAAAUGCACCUUUAAAACCACGAGUGGCGGCACCUAUCCCAUCAUAUUCAAAUUGGGCGACGACUUGAGGCAAGACCAACUGGUGAUCCAAAUCAUCACACUUAUGGACCAGCUGCUCCAAAAGGAGAACCUGGACCUGAAGUUGUCGCCAUACAAAAUCCUGGCCACCAGCACCACUGCAGGCGCCUCCCAAUUUGUACAGUCACAAAGCCUGUCAGCUAUUGUUGGCAAAUACAGGACAAACCCGGCGCUUGCAUACCUUAGACAUCACAACCCCGACGACAGACAACCCCUGGGCGUACGACAAGAGACGCUAGACACUUAUAUCAAGUCGUGUGCGGGAUACUGCGUCAUCACCUACAUUCUCGGCGUCGGCGACCGCCACCUCGAGAAUCUCCUGCUGGCACCCGACGGGCACUUCUUCCACGCCGAUUUCGGCUUCAUCCUCGGCCGCGACCCGAAGCCCUUUGCCCCGCUGAUGAAGCUGUCCAAAGAAAUGGUCGAGUGUAUGGGUGGAGUGAAUUCAGAGCUGUACAACCGCUUCAAACAGUACUGCUUCCUUGCCUACACGGCCCUGCGCAAGUCCUCCAACCUUAUUCUUAACCUCUUUAGCCUCAUGCUGCAUGCCAACAUUCCUGAUAUCCGUCUGGAGCCGGACAAGGCCGUCAUGAAGGUCCGAGAGAGAUUCCACCUGGAACUCAGUGAAGAGGAGGCGAUUGUGUAUUUUGGGAAUGUGAUUGAGGGCACAUUGACGGCCUUUGCGCCCGUCGUCAUUGACAAGUUGCAUGAGUGGGCGCAGGCGUUGCGGGCCUAG